UUUCUGCACAUGCCACCAUAAUAACUAUAUUAACCUUUUCUGGUUUGCCAGUCAUCAUUCCUAACUCCAAGGCUUCGCCACCAACUCUCUUGACUGCAAACAAACACACAGCUGAACCUUAAUGUCUGUCCUUCGUACAUCUACAGCUGUGUUUUUGCUAUGGCAUGCCAUUGCAUUCGUUGUUGUUUCAAAUUUGGGCUCUGUUGAUGCUGCAAAUAGAGACAAGAAACACAUAAAUCAGGUGAUUGUUGCCUACAAUGGAGCUGUUGCCACUGAUGAUCGCCGAUGCUCGCGUAUUGGGAUGGAUGCUCUCCGGGAAGGAGGGCAUGCUGCGGAUGCUGCAGUGGCGGCUGCUCUUUGUUUGGGGGUUGUUAGUCCAGCUUCAAGUGGCCUUGGUGGUGGAGCCUUUAUGCUUCUCAGGCUAGCUAAUGGGGUGGCAAAGGCCUUUGAUAUGAGGGAAGUUGCUCCUAGUCUUGCUUCCAAGGACAUGUAUGGUGGCAAUGCUACUUUGAAGGAGAAAGGUGGCCUCUCUGUUGCAGUCCCCGGAGAACUUGCUGGCCUUCACAAAGUGUGGAAACAACAUGGGAAGCUCCCAUGGGAGAGACUUGUAAAGCCAGCCGAGAUUCUUGCCCGGAAGGGAUUUAAGAUAUCGCCAUUCCUCCGCUUUCAGUUGGAACGAUCAGAGUCAGAUGUAUUGGAAGAUACCGGUCUUCGCAGUGUGUUUGCUCGAAAUGGAAAACUCUUGAAGAGAGGAGACAUAUGCUACAAUAAGAAACUUGCAGACACACUCAAAAUAAUAUCCAAGAAUGGUCCUCAAGCCUUCUAUGGUGGAUUGAUUGGUCUUAAUUUAGUUGAGGAUGUUCAGAAGGCUGGAGGGAUAUUGAGCAUGAAAGACCUCAAAAGUUACUCUGUAAAAGAAAAGGAACCCAUUUCUACAGAUGUUCUUGGACUCAAAAUUCUUGGCAUGCCUCCAGCUUCAGGGGGGCCUCCAAUGAUGCUACUGCUGAACAUUCUAGCUCAGUAUGAUCUCCCUUCUGGUAUUUCUGGCGCCCUUGGGUACCAUCGAGAAAUUGAAGCUCUGAAACAUGUAUUUGCUGUGAGAAUGAAUCUUGGUGAUCCUGAUUUUGUAAAUGUAACUGGGGUUCUUUCUGAUAUGCUUUCUCCUAAGUUUGCUAGUGAGUUAAAAAAGGACAUCAAUGAUAGUAAAACUUUUAAUGCAAGUCAUUAUGGUGGCAAGUGGAAUCAGAUCCUUGAUCAUGGUACAAGUCAUCUAAGCAUUGUAGAUGUUGAGCGAAAUGCUAUUUCCAUGACCACCACAGUAAAUGCAUAUUUUGGUUCAAAGAUCCUUUCACCAAGUACAGGAAUAGUACUGAACAAUGAGAUGGAUGAUUUUUCCAUCCCUAGAAAUGUUUCUAAAGAUGUUCCUCCACCAGCUCCUGCAAAUUUCAUCGUGCCAGGGAAGCGACCAUUAUCAUCCAUGUCACCAACUAUUGCCCUUAAGGAUGGAAAAUUGAAAGCUGUAUUAGGUGCAAGUGGAGGAGCUAUGAUUAUUGCAGGAACUUCAGAGGUUCUUCUGAAUCACUUUGUCAAAGGAAUGGAUCCUUUUUCAUCUAUAACGGCACCUAGGGUUUAUCAUCAGCUGAUACCUAACGUGGUUAGUUAUGAGAAUUGGACAACUGUGAGCGGUAAACACAUUGAACUUCCUUCUGAUAUCAGAGAAGCCCUUAGUAGUAAGGGUCAUGUUCUUCAGGGCCUUGCUGGAGGGACUAUUUGCCAAUUUAUUGCUGUAGACGAUUUAGAGCAUUCUGUAAAAAAUAAGGGUUUUGGAAAGCUUGUGGCAGUUAGUGAUCCAAGAAAGGGUGGUUUUCCUGCUGGCUUCUGAGGGGAAAAUUUUCAGUGCAGAGAAUGUCCUCUUUUGAGAUAUUCAUUGAAAUUGUUACUUCCUCAUUUCAUUUCUCCAAGUUUUCUUUUUUUUCAUAGUGGAACUAAUAGCUGAAUUUUAAGAACGGGAACUAGAUCUGCAUAUUUUUACAUGAACUUUGAUUAUUUUACACCUUAUUUCUUUA